AUGGCAUUUCAGAUGUAUUUGAAUAAGUUGAUCGUAGACAGCGAUAAUCCAGAUAUCACCGAAGAGCGACUCAAAGCCACAUUUGAUACCGAUGCUCUGGCAGCCGAGUUAAAGGGCGGCUACAAGGCGAUGGAUCGUCGAGCAGAGCUUCACGAUCCCUAUCCGCAGUCCUACAUGACAAGAGAAGAAAAGCUUGACAAUUCAUGUAGAAAGGUGACAAAUCUCUUCAAGCAGAUAUCCGAAUUUGUCGACCCAACCAACCACACCGAAAUGGUUCAUCUUCUUCGCUCUAUUGUUGGAGUGGAGGGGUAUCCUCUAGCUCUCCAUAUUCUUAUGUUUGUACCGACACUUCAAAAUCAGUGUGACGAUGAGCAGAUGGAGCGAUGGUUAGGGAAAGCGAUGAAAGCUGAGAUUAUUGGCACUUAUGCCCAAACCGAAAUGGGACAUGGUACGAAUUUGAGUAGUAUCGAGACACUUGCCACCUACGACCGCCGAACUGAAGAGUUCAUUCUUCACAGCCCAACAACAACAUCGAUGAAAUGGUGGCCAGGUGGUCUUGGAAAAAGUUGCAAUCAUGCAAUAGUUGUUGCGAAGUUGAUCAUAAAUGGUCACGAUUAUGGUCCGCAUAAUUUCUUCGUUCAGCUAAGAGAUUCAGAAACACAUUCGCCUUUACCAGGAGUGGUUGUGGGGGAUAUUGGACCGAAGUUCGGCAUCAACGCUCUUGACAACGGUUUCCUCAAAUUCGAUCACUAUCGUAUACCACGCAAAAAUAUGUUGAUGAAACAUGCUAAAGUUGCAGCUGAUGGAACCUAUACGAAACCCAAACACUCAAAGCUGGGUUAUUCUACGAUGGUCUAUGUGAGAACGGAGAUGGUCAUGCAUCAGGCGCUCUACCUAUCUUACAGUAUGAUUAUUGCCAUACGAUAUUCAGCUAUUCGACGACAGGGAGAGAUCGUUCCGGGUGUAGGUGAAGUACGAAUUCUGGAUUAUCAAACUCAGCAAUAUCGUUUGUUUCCGCAUUUGGCGCGUACCAUAGCGUUUCAUUAUACCGGACAGGAGAUACGUACCGGUCUAAUCGCCGAUCUACAUGCGUUGUCGUCCGGUCUGAAGGCAGUAGUUACCUUCCAAUCUAGUCAAGGGAUCGAACAAGCUCGCAUGAGUUGUGGUGGUCAUGGGUAUUCUGAUGCAAGUUAUUUGCCGACCAUAUUCAGCUGCGCAGUUGGAGCAUGCACGUAUGAAGGUGAAAACAUGGUAAUGUUAUUACAGUUAUCAAGAUACUUGAUGAAAGCUGCUCAAUAUGCCCGUAAUGGGAAACCUUUAGGCCCGCUUGUUCGAUACCUGCUGCAUCCCGGUAACAAACACUCCAAAUUGAAGAUCCCCAAUGAUGGAGGCACAAUACAGACAACACAGAAUCCUUUAGACUAUGCCAAUUACUUGUUGGACUACGAGCACAUUUGUCGGCAACUGGUUUUCAAGGCCUAUGGCCGUCUGAAUGAGUUGCGUGCUGGUGGCCUGUCUUCUGAAGAAGCGUGGAACAUGAACGCCGUUGAAAUGUGUCGAGCUUCUCGUGCGCAUGCUCGAAUGUUCAUAGCCACUGCGUUUUUCAAUCGAAUUCACAGAGUAGAAGACGCCAGCAUUCGUGAAGUCUUAGAGGAUUUGCUGCUCCUCCAUCUUAAUUAUGAACUUGUUGAUCAAGCUCAUUACUUAGACGGAUACCUUUCUAGCAUUCAGCUAUCAUAUAUGAAGGAAGAAUUAUACCGAUUACUCUUGAAAAUUCGACCAAAUGUGGUCUCGAUCGUGGAUUCGUUUGACGUCCCUGACAGGGAGCUCCAAUCAGUGCUAGGACGUCGUGACGGGCAUGUGUACGAAAAUCUUUACAAGUAUGCACGAGACAGCGCGCUUAAUAAACACGACGUGUUCCCAACAUUUGAAAAGUACUUAAAACCAAUGAUGAAGCGCUAUGAGAGUAAAAUAUGA